UCAUCAGGUGACCUGAUUCAGGUCAAAAGUGAGUUGUAUAAUCAUCAUUCAUCAGGUCAUCGGGAGACUUUGCGUGAGAGUUUUUAUAAUAAACCGGGUCGGAUAAUACCCGACUUGUUUGUUUUAUAGAACUGGACCGGGUCGGAUAAUACCCGUCCGGUUCGACCCAUCUAAUUGUCCCGCCAACGAAAAAAAGUAAAGCCGCCAAGAUGUGAUUUUUUCGAAGGUGGUGAAUGAUAAAGACCUAACAGAGAGAGAUCGAGAGAGAGAGAUCAUUGAAGGGUGAUAAUGGAAUCAGCUCCGACGGGAUGCUUCAAGUGUGGCCGUCCCGGUCACUGGUCUCGCGAUUGCCCAUCCUCGGCUCCGGUCGCCGCCGGUAACAAUUCCGUUUCUUCUUCUUCCGCUCCAGCUCAGAUCCCUAAUAAUGACAAUCAGAGAUUCUCCAAGAAAAGUGGAACCUCCAUAGGGCCAGUUCCUAAAUUGACGAAGACGAGAGUUCAAAGGCCCAAGCUGACUCCUGAGUUACUGCUCUCUGAGGAUGGUCUCGGCUAUGUUCUUCGCUAUUUCCCUAAAUCCUUCAAGUAUCGUGGCCGAGGCAAAGAGGUGAGCGAUUUGGGGAAUAUGAUACGGCUGUACAGUGAGUGGCACUCUCAUUUGCUACCUUACUAUUCCUUUGAUCAGUUUGUUCAUAAAGUGCAACAAGUCGCUUCUACUAAACGUGUCAAGAAUUGUAUAAACGAACUGCGAGAAAGGGUUGCCAGCGGAGUUGAUCCAAACAAGUUAUACGAAAAGCAGGAAGAAAAUACUGGUCCUUAUGAUGAUGAUCAAGGUAACGUAGACAUGGAUCAGCCAAGUCAUGACGAAGAGAACAUACCAUCGAGGAGCGUUGACGUUGACGCUGAUGUUGAUCCCAAUGUUGAUGCAUUUCAAGACAGUAUGUUGAAUGACAUCUUUGAUAAUGCUUCAAAGCUACCGAGCGAUGAACAAAACAAGGAUAAAAGCAGUGAACUGACAGAAGAGCAAAGAGAACGUAUGGAAGCUAAUAGAUUGAAGGCAAUGGAAAAAGCUCAUAACAUUUCCGAGGAACAGAGAGUACGUAUGGAAGCUAAUAGACUAAAAGCUCUCGAAAGAGCCAAAGCAAGGCUUCAACCAAAUCAAGAAUAGCUUAGCUGUUUUACUUCACAUGUUCAAUUUACCGAAUCUAGCUAUAUGUAUGUCUGGUACUGUUUUGUAUUUUUUUCCGGUUCAAAGUCGGUUUAAGAACGAUCACACCCAAAAUUAUGGACCGUUGAUUCGUUCCACAGCCAAGGUUGAUCAUUGGCACAAUAGCAGAUUUGUCUUUUUCAACAUUUAUAGGU